AUGAGUACCGCGUUUCAUACUCCGGACGAGACACUGGUCAACGAUACCGAGGACCAGAACCUGAAGCGGGCGGAGGAUUUCAUUCUCACCGACAAUACCGAGAUUAUUGAAAUUAGAACAUAUGAAGGCGCUUAUAUGCGAACAGCUAUGCUCGAGCUGACGAUGGGCUUAUCCAUCCUUCGUCUGUUUGAUAUCGAGUUUUACCCCAUCGGUGCCUGGUUCUCCGCCAUCGCGCUAUCAUUCAUGUUCAUCGGUCUCGGUCGCCGGAUCUCAUCCAACAAAUUCCUCAUGCGUACAAAACCAGCAAAAUACUUCCUCACCAGCGGCACCCCGGUCUUCCUGACCUCGAUCGCCGUGACUGUCGGAUACAUUGCGCUGAUACCUGAAGUUUUCCGAUUACAGUAA